UCCGGCGCUGAUUGGGCGGCGGCGGAGUCGUUCAAGGAGACAGUAAGUUCGGGUGCCCCAGAGUGCUAAAUUUAUCUUCAGACGAGCUACCGCGCCCGCCGCGAAUUGGAUCUCUAUGGAGGUGGCAUAGGCGAUAUCCCUGAGCUGAGAGCAUCGCCCGGCCCCCCAAUCCUUCUUCCCUCUGUUUUGUUUUUCAUUUCUCCCCUUCCUCCCUUCCCCCCUCUCCCCUCCAGUCCGCGACGACUGGCUCUUGACCCCGUUCAGGCCUCGGUGAAGGCUUUUGGUUACUCCCCUUCCACCCUAUCCCUUAAUUUUAUUUUUUUUGAAGCGUCUGCAUUUCAAGCUGCCAAGUUGGAGAGAGUGAUUGCAGAAGGGAGUGCUCCUCAUUUCAGCUUUUAUUUUUAUGUGAUAAUCUACCUUUAAGAAAAGGUGUGCCAUACCUGAGAGCACCAGGAAGUCGAAUGAGAGAUCACCUGAUACACGAACGUGUGAUGUUCCAUCUGCGCGUUGAUGCAUAGGCAGCACUUACAAAUUAACUGAUGUGUUGCUAUAUAUCAUCUCUUUGAUGGUUGCUCAUCUUCUGUGUAUCCUGUCUUAUAAUUUCAACACAUUUGUGAUACUCAAUGUUUAUUCUAAAUUAACCAUGUUUUGUACCACAAAUUCAUUGCCUAUGGAUCUGUUGCUGAAACAAGGAAGUCUUAAACAAGAAGUAGAAUCUUUUUGUUACCAAAUUGUGUCUGAAUCAAAUGAUCAAAAGGUUGGAAUAUUACAGAGUGAAGAUGAGCAGUUGCAGCCUGCAGUUUCUAAAAAUUCAGAAGGUGAGCUUUCCAGGGUCAAAUUUAUGUCCAAUUCCAACAAAAUAACAACAUUUAGUAAGAAACCAAAAAGAAGAAAAUAUGAUGAAAGUUAUUUGUCUUUUGGAUUUACUUACUUUGGAAAUAGAGAUGCACCUCAUGCCCAGUGUGUAUUAUGUAAGAAAAUUUUAUCAAAUAGCUCUUUGGCCCCUAGUAAGCUUCGAAGACAUUUGGAAACUAAACAUGCUGCAUACAAAGACAAAGACAUAAGCUUUUUCAAGCAACAUCUUGAGUCACCUGAAAAUAAUAAACCCCCAGCACCUAAAAUUGUCAAUACAGAUAAUGAAAGUGCUACAGAAGCAUCAUACAAUGUAAGUUACCAUAUAGCCCUGAGUGGAGAGGCUCAUACUAUUGGAGAAUUGCUUAUCAAGCCUUGUGCAAAAGAUGUGGUGAUGCGGAUGUUUGACGAACAGUAUAGUAAAAAAAUAGAUGCAGUACAGCUAUCAAACAGUACUGUUGCACGUCGAAUUAAGGAUCUAGCUGCUGACAUUGAAGAAGAGCUUGUUUGUAGACUGAAAAUUUGUGAUGGGUUUUCACUGCAACUAGAUGAAUCAGCUGAUGUUUCAGGACUUGCUGUGCUGCUUGUGUUUGUUCGUUACAGGUUUAAUAAGUCUAUUGAGGAAGACCUACUCUUAUGUGAGUCUUUGCAAAGUAAUGCCACUGGUGAAGAAAUUUUCAACUGCAUCAACAGUUUUAUGCAGAAACAUGAAAUUGAAUGGGAAAAAUGUGUUGAUGUUUGUAGUGAUGCUUCCAGGGCAAUGGACGGGAAAAUUGCUGAGGCUGUCACCUUGAUAAAAUAUGUGGCUCCCGAAAGCUCCAGUAGUCACUGCCUGUUAUAUAGACAUGCACUAGCAGUUAAAACAAUGCCUGCAUCUCUGAAAAAUGUGCUAGAUCAGGCCGUACAAAUCAUCAAUUAUAUUAAAGCUCGACCACAUCAAUCCAGACUACUAAAAAUUUUGUGUGAAGAAAUGGGUGCCCAGCACACAGCACUUCUUCUAAAUACAGAGGUGAGGUGGCUUUCCCGAGGUAAAGUUCUUGUAAGACUUUUUGAGCUUCGUCGUGAACUGUUGGUUUUCAUGGAUUCUGCUUUUCGACUGUCUGACUGUUUAACAAAUUCAUCUUGGCUGCUAAGACUGGCAUAUCUUGCAGAUAUUUUUACUAAAUUAAAUGAGGUUAAUCUGUCAAUGCAAGGAAAAAAUGUGACAGUGUUCACAGUAUUUGAUAAAAUGUCAUCAUUGUUAAGAAAAUUGGAAUUUUGGGCCUCAUCUGUCGAAGAAGAAAACUUUGAUUGUUUUCCUACACUCAGUGACUUUUUGACUGAAAUUAAUUCUACAGUUGAUAAAGAUAUUUGCAGUGCCAUAGUGCAGCACCUAAGGGGUUUGCGCUCUACUCUGUUAAAAUAUUUUCCUGUAACAAAUGACAAUAAUGCUUGGGUUAGAAAUCCAUUUACAGUAACUGUUAAACCAGUCUCAUUAGUAGCACGGGACUACGAGAGCCUGAUUGAUUUAACAUCUGAUUCUCAAGUGAAACAAAAUUUCAGUGAACUUUCACUAAAUGAUUUUUGGAGUAGCCUAAUUCAAGAGUACCCAAGUGUUGCAAGGCGUGCAGUUCGUGUACUUCUUCCUUUUGCUACAAUGCACCUGUGUGAGACAGGAUUUUCAUAUUAUGCUGCAACAAAAACGAAAUACAGGAAAAGACUCGAUGCUGCACCUCACAUGCGGAUCCGACUUAGCAACAUUACACCUAAUAUUAAGCGGAUAUGUGACAAAAAGACACAAAAACACUGUUCUCAUUAAAAUCGGAGGGUUUUGCAUGCCUCUUGAUAACCAAAUAUAAGAUGAAAAUAAAAGAUGAUUUACUUCA